AUGUUCGUGCCAGUUCUGCUGGUCACCAACCUCUUGACGCAGGUGGAGGCCGACACCCGGACGGUGUUCCAGACACCCGGAUGGCGUUCCAGACACCCGGACGGCGUUCCAGACACCCGGACGGCGUUCCAGACACCCGGACGGCGUUCCAGACACCCGGACGGCGUUCCAGACACCCGGACGGCGUUCCAGACACCCGAACGGCGUUCCAGACACCCGGACGGCGUUCCAGACACCCGGACGGCGUUCCAGACACCCGGACGGCGUUCCAGACACCCGGACGGCGUUCCAGACACCCGGACGGCGUUCCAGACACCCGGACGGCGUUCCAGACACCCGGACGGCGUUCCAGACACCCGGACGGCGUUCCAGACACCCGGACGGCGUUCCAGACACCCGGACGGCGUUCCAGACACCCGGACGGCGUUCCAGACACCCGGACGGCGUUCCAGACACCCGGACGGCGUUCCAGACACCCGGACGGCGUUCCAGACACCCGGACGGCGUUCCAGACACCCGGACGGCGUUCCAGACACCCGGACGGCGUUCCAGACACCCGGACGGCGUUCCAGACACCCGGACGGCGUUCCAGACACCCGGACGGCGUUCCAGACACCCGGACGGCGUUCCAGACACCCGGACGGCGUUCCAGACACCCGGACGGCGUUCCAGACACCCGGACGGCGUUCCAGACACCCGGAAGGCGUUCCAGACACCCGGACGGCGUUCCAGACAGCCGGACGGCGUUCCAGACAGCCGGACGGCGUUCCAGACAGCCGGACGGCGUUCCAGACAGCCGGACGGCGUUCCAGACACCCGGACGGCGUUCCAGACACCCGGACGCCGUUCCAGACACCCGGACGGCGUUCCAGACACCCGGACGGCGUUCCAGACACCCGGACGGUGUUCCAGUCACCCGGGCGGUGUUCCAGACACCCGGACGGUGUUCCAGACACCCGGACGGUGUUCCAGACACCCGGACGGUGUUCUAGACACCCGGACAGUGUUCCAGUCACCCGGGCGGUGUUCCAGACACCUGGACGGUGUUCCAGACACCCGGACGGUGUUCCAAUCUCCCGGACGGUGUUCCAGACACCCGGACGGAAUUCCAGACCCCUGGACGGAGUUCCAGACACCUGGACGGAGUUCCAGAUAAGUGGACGGUGUUUCAGAUACCUGGACGGUGCUCCAGACAUCUUAACGGUGUUCCAGACACCUGGACGGUGUUCCAGACACCUGGGCGGUGUUCCAGACACCUGGGCGGUGUUCCAGACACCUGGGCGGUGUUCCAGACACCUGGGCGGUGUUCCAGGGCGGUGUUCCAGACACUGGGCGGUGUUCCAGACACCUGGGCGGUGUUCCAGACACCUGGGCGGUGUUCCAAACACCCGGGCGGUGUUCCAGACACCUGGGCGACACCUGGACGGUGUUCCAGACAUCUUAACGGUGUUCCAGACACCUGGACGUUGUUCCAGACACCUGGACGGUGUUCCAGACACCUGGGCGGUGUUCCAGACACCUGGGCGGUGUUCCAGACACCUGGGCGGUGUUCCAGACACCUGGGCGGUGUUCCAGACACCCGGGCGGUGUUCCAGACACCCGGGCGGUGUUCCAGACACCCGGGCGGUGUUCCAGACACCUGGGCGGUGUUCCAGACACCCGGACGGCGUUCCAGACAGCCGGACGGCGUUCCAGACAGCCGGACGGCGUUCCAGACACCCGGACGGCGUUCCAGACACCCGGACGCCGUUCCAGACACCCGGACGGCGUUCCAGACACCCGGACGGCGUUCCAGACACCCGGACGGUGUUCCAGUCACCCGGGCGGUGUUCCAGACACCCGGACGGUGUUCCAGACACCCGGACGGUGUUCCAGACACCCGGACGGUGUUCUAGACACCCGGACAGUGUUCCAGUCACCCGGGCGGUGUUCCAGACACCUGGACGGUGUUCCAGACACCCGGACGGUGUUCCAAUCUCCCGGACGGUGUUCCAGACACCCGGACGGAAUUCCAGACCCCUGGACGGAGUUCCAGACACCUGGACGGAGUUCCAGAUAAGUGGACGGUGUUUCAGAUACCUGGACGGUGCUCCAGACAUCUUAACGGUGUUCCAGACACCUGGACGGUGUUCCAGACACCUGGGCGGUGUUCCAGACACCUGGGCGGUGUUCCAGACACCUGGGCGGUGUUCCAGACACCUGGGCGGUGUUCCAGACCCCUGGGCGGUGUUCCAGACACCUGGGCGGUGUUCCAGACACCUGGGCGGUGUUCCAGACACCUGGGCGGUGUUCCAAACACCCGGGCGGUGUUCCAGACACCUGGGCGGUGUUCCAGACACCCGGACGGUGUUCCAGACACCCGGACGGUGUUCUAGACACCCGGACGGUGUUCUAGAAACCCGGACAGUGUUCCAGUCACCCGGGCGGUGUUCCAGACACCUGGACGGUGUUCCAGACACCCGGACGGUGUUCCAAUCUCCCGGACGACACCUGGACGGUGUUCCAGACAUCUUAACGGUGUUCCAGACACCUGGACGUUGUUCCAGACACCUGGGCGGUGUUCCAGACACCUGGGCGGUGUUCCAGACACCUGGGCGGUGUUCCAGACACCUGGGCGGUGUUCCAGACACCCGGGCGGUGUUCCAGACACCCGGGCGGUGUUCCAGACACCCGGGCGGUGUUCCAGACACCCGGGCGGUGUUCCAGACACCUGGGCGGUGUUCCAGACACCCGGACGGUGUUCCAGUCACCUGGACGGUGUUCCAGUCACCUGGACGGUGUUCCAGACACCUGGAUGGUGUUCCGUACGCCUGGACAGUCUUACUAUGA